GUCUUGCUUGCAGGAACCGCCGCCGCCGCUGCCGCUGCUCGACAUAACCUACAAAUGAUGUUUGUUUGUUUGUUUGUUGUUGUUGCUGCGGCUAAUGCAAAAUCUCUUGGUGCUUCAUCAUCACGGCCAAAUAACGUCAUUUAUUCAAUUGGACUCAUGUAUCGAUGCUUGAACUGCAAUAUGCCGGUGGCACUCUCCUGUGUGUCACACCAUUCUUCCUGCUUCCUCCACCAGCGAAGGAUUGCCAUCGAUGAAUUUAAUCUUGUCAAUGGAAUCCAAGCUUCUGCAAACAGUGACUCUGCGAUUGAGGAAGCGGGUGGUGGUGUGUGUUUAAACACCCAGGAGGAGGCCACUCACCGUAUUUGGAAUUGUGUUGUGGCGGCAAUGGAACAGAACCAGGAUAUGCUCAGACAUCCCACCGAUGCUCUGAGCAUAUCCCGGUUAAACGAUUCAUGGGUGCUGCUCGACGAAGAGUUGUUUAAUAAUGCAGAAGGCACCCUCGACGAGUGGAAAACAGUGAGUGAAUUUCAUCGGAAUGUGCUCAAAUUUACUUAUUUUUAUAAUACACUCAUAUUUUUAAUAUUUUUAUUUUAUAUUUUCUUAUGUUACAGACAAUACAGAGAUGGAGAGAAAAAACAACAUUGAAAUGGGAAAUUCUCAAAGACAUCCAAUAGACCAAUGAAAAGUUGGAUUUAUUUUUUUCUGAUCCAGAAAAACGACUUUUACACCUAUUGGGUCACAUCAAGAAUUUCCAAAUGGA